UCUCUCUCUCUCUCUCCAGUCUCCACACAACAGGAACACGAAGAAGAUGAACAACCCAGUAAUCAACACUUAGCAUUGAAAAACACGAUCCCAAAAUCCUUUCCUUUUCUCUCACGCCUCCUCUCUCUCUCUCUCUCUCUCUCUCUCUCUCUCUCUCUCUCUCUCUCUCUCUCUCUCUCUCUCUCUCUCUCUGUUGCAUUAAAACUCAUUUCUCUCUCAGUUACACACACUCAGAGUCUCAGACACUCUGUUUUUCAUUUAAACCCACUCUCUCUCUCGUUUUCCAAUCUGUUUUAAGUUUCCCACUUCGUUUUGUUUGGAUUUUCCCGAGAAAAACAAUCAAGAAGAGACCCUAAGACAGAGCCUCUUAGGCUUGUACUGAUAAAGCUAGCAGCUUUUUUUACUCGCUACUCUGUUUUUUUUCCUUGAUUUUCCGACAUGGGUUCUCUCAGCGUCGUGGAUAAACAAUCACAAGACGUAACCUUCGUUCGCGGUCCGAUCAUCGUCGGGGCGGGCCCUUCCGGUUUAGCCGUCGCGGCCUGUUUGUCAAACCGGGGUAUACCAUCGCUUAUCCUCGAGAAAUCUAAUUGCAUAGCUUCUCUAUGGCAGAACCGGACCUAUAGCCGACUCAAGCUCCAUCUCCCGAAACACUUCUGCGAGCUUCCACUGAUGGGUUUCCCCCAAAACUUCCCGAAAUACCCCUCCAAGCAUCAAUUCAUCUCCUACGUUGAAUCCUACGCCGCCCGGUUCGGUAUAAACCCGAAAUUUAACCAAACGGUCGAGAAAGCCGAAUUCGAUACCGGUUCUCGGUUAUGGAGGGUGACGACGCAAGACGGAGAAUACACGUCGAGAUGGCUUGUCGUGGCAACAGGGGAAAACGCCGACCCGGUGGUUCCGGAUAUACCCGGUUUGGAGAAGUUUACCGGGCCGGUGGUUCACACGAGUGUGUAUAAGUCCGGUUUAGAGUUCGCAUACCAGAGGGUUUUGGUGAUUGGGAGUGGGAAUUCCGGUAUGGAAGUAUGCUUGGAUCUCUCAAGCCACAACGCUCUGCCUCAUAUGGUCGUUAGGAACACUGUACAUGUGUUACCGAGAGAGUUUUUUGGAGUGUCGACGUUCGGGAUAGCAAUGACGCUUCUCAAAUGGUUCCCUCUAAAGCUUGUGGACAGCUUAUUAGUGCUUCUCGCUAAUCUCACUCUGGGAAAUACCGAUAAAUUCGGCCUCCGGCGGCCGAAAACCGGACCUAUUCAGCUCAAGAACGUCACCGGAAAAACCCCGGUCCUCGACGUCGGUGCCAUAUCUUUGAUCAAAUCCGGAAAAAUUAGGGUGAUGCAAGGGGUGAAGGAGAUCACAAAAAAUGGAACGAAGUUUUUGGAUGGAAAAUAUAUGAAAUUCGAUUCAAUAAUAUUGGCGACGGGGUAUAAGAGCAAUGUGCCCAACUGGCUCAAGGGGAGUGACUUUUUCACGGAGGAAGGAAUGCCAAAGACGCCGUUUCCCAACGGAUGGAAAGGAGAUAACGGAUUGUACGCCGUUGGUUUCACGAGGAGAGGGAUGCUGGGAACGUCAUCUGACGCCGUCAAGAUCGCCGGCGACAUAGCGGGGCAGUGGAUGGAAAUUGAGGGCAUGAAAAAUAACGUUAUUAAUAAUGCCCUUAUAAAUGGAAAUCAAGUAUAACUAUCAAUGGUCUUUAUAGCUCGUGAUGUAAAUUACAAGAAUUUUGCUAGUCACGGUACAUUUGUGUAAUUUUUUUUUAAACUCCUUUUUCUUUUGUGUAAUCGUUGUUCUAAAUUCACC